AUGAUUCCAACGAAGAUGAAUUUUCGUCUCUUAUUGGUACUCUCAAUCUCGAUUCUUACUAUCCUAGUAGAUGGUCAGUUACGUGAGAGUACCGAACAGAGUUCGAUUUAUUAUACGGAACCGGCAUUGAUUAAUUCAUAUAAUAAUACCAACAAUGGGAACAAUUACGAUGGAUUUACCGAAUUACAUGGUGUUAGAAUCGUGAGAGGACAAAAAGUAUUGCAGAGAGUUAAGAAUCCUUAUUUAAUCAGAGAGGACCUUUUCGUCGAACAAGAUGGAGAAUUAUUUAUUGAACCUGGAGUCGAAAUACAUUUUGGUCCUAUGGUUGGAAUUACCGUUCGUGGCAUCAUCACUGCAAAGGGAAAGCCAGAAGCCCCGAUCGUAUUUACUUCAGCGGAAAGGGGCAUCGAAUCGACACCUGUUGAAUCGUCAGCUACCGUACGACUUGUUGAUGGUCCAUCACCGUUGGAGGGAAGAUUGCAAUUAUUUCACCGAGGUCAAUGGCGUUCCGUUUGUACCAAUUCUCGAAAUUGGACUCGAGCAGAUUUAGAAACAGCAUGUAGGCAUCUUGGUUUUCAAGGUGGCCGAUGGUGGUCCUGGAUCGAUCGUCAAUGGCCAGCAAAACCACGUUUACUUUAUGAACAACCACAUUGUCGUGGAACCGAAUCUUUAUUGACGAAUUGCGAGGGUUGGUCAGAGAGACAACUCGGUGGUGGAGUUUGUGAUUAUCAUCCGGAUCUUGGUUUAUCUUGUUUACCACAACACGAUGGAUCCACUAAAGCUAUUAAACAUUGGCGUGGUAUUAGAUUCGAAGGAGCUCUUUAUGAUCGACCAUUGAUUCAAGAAAAUACUUUAUACGUAAGAAGAUCUAAAUCAAUCCUACGACACGUUAUCAUCCGUUACGCUGGUACUGGUAGAGAUUAUAAUGUUACAUCGGCAUUAGAAGUUGAUGGUGUCCCACCUCAAAUGGAAUCGAUAUCCGUUCUUAACUCUGCUUUCACGGGUAUUAAUGUCACUACACCUGAAGCUCCUGUUGUGUUAACUAAUUGUACCGUGAAAAAAAAUAAAGGCUAUGGAAUUUAUAUAAAUAGUUCGGACGGUAUGGCACACAUAGAUGAAUGUUCGAUAUUAGAGAACGGAGCAGAUGGGAUAAAAUAUAUUCACUAUGACGAAAGAACGGAAGAUAAGCUGGAUAGAACAGGCAUUUUUGAUUUAUGUACUUUCCCAAGUACAACCAGUCAAACUUUUCCAGUGACUAUAUCAAUGGAGCAAAGUAAAUAUACGCCCAACACGAAACGUUGUCCGCAACACAUUUUCACAAGGCCGGGUCACGUUUUAACUCUGCACUUUUUACAAAUGAGAACGGACCGUAACGACAGUGCGGUUAUUGAGGUUUACGAUGGGAUUAGUGGCACGGAAAAUAUGUUGGCCAGUGUUAAAAUCAGAAACAAUACGUUGCCUCAAAGUGUCACGUCUACUAGACAAGAUUUGUAUAUUAAAUUUAUUGCUCAGCCACGUACAAAUACGAUUGCUUUCGUCAGAUUAUCAUCAGGAUAUAAAAAAACAUAUGAUCUCAACGUGACAGGUAGCACGAUUGCAAGUAAUAACGGUCGUGGUAUAGUAGCAGAAAAAUUAAGAUCGGCUCUUCACAUUCAUGAAACGUCAGUAUCUAGUAACGAACAUGCCGCUGGUGUACAUGUAUUACAUGGUACAGUGGAUGUCAAUGUAACAGACAGCCGAAUUUCCUUUAAUCAAGGAGACGGAAUAAAUAUUACCGUUACCGGUGGAAACCGCAAUGUAUCACGAACAAGCAUUUCUUCUAACAGUGGAUAUGGAUUUGCCGUUUGGCUUAAUGAUAGUUCAAGCACGGAGUACGUCUAUUUCAAUCAAACGACUGUGGUUGAAUAUUCACAGAUAUUUCGUAACAAGGAUAUCGGUGUCUUGGUUGGUAAUUCAACUGGAGAUUCGUACGUUAAUGUGACAGGAAAUUCAUUUAAUACCAGCAUCGAUAUAGCAUUACAAGUGGAAUCUGGUUGGAAAGUAAACGAAGGAACGUUAAAGUUACAAAUUGGUCAUAAUUCCUUUGUGCAGAAUAAAAAAUUAGGAAUUAAAUUGAGCCCGGCACUUAAUUUAAAUGCCUGCAUCGAAUACAAUCAAUUCAGGGAACAUUCUAAUGGUGGAAUAUUAAUUAAAAAUCCACUCUACGAAAUUUUUAAUAUUCUACCAACAAACGUCACUAUCAGAUACAAUGAGUUCUAUGGAAAUCGUGGUACUUUUGUUGUUAGCGUCGGUCUUUCACCUUACAGCGACGUACAAAAUUUAUUAUUUACGAAAAAUUUCUUACGAGAGAAUCGUGUAAGAGAAUUAUUUGAUAAUGGCAAUGUUAUAACGUCCAGGCUUGUUCCACGUUCUCGAGUAGCCGCUGUUGUUGUAGUUUCUUCGAGCAACGUGAAAAUUUUUCGUAAUAUUUUACAUAAUCCUGAAUCGCCUUACGAGAUUGGUUCGCAUUUGGAAGAUCAAAGUAAGAUCAUAAAUUGUACAUUCAAUUGGCUUGGAUUUACGGAAGAGAAUAAAAUAUUUGAAAGGCUCUUUCACAGAAAAGACAGAUAUACUCUUGCUAAGAUCGAAUAUAUUCCUUAUCUACUUCAUAGUAGUAAUCCUGGUGCAAAUACAAUUAUCUCGAAUCCGAUGUUCGUUCCAAGAUUUGUAACACCCGAUACAAAUUUGGUCGGUGGUGAAGUUGAUGGUCAAGAAGUAUUAAAACCAGGAGAGUAUAUCGUAGAACGUGAUAUCAACGUAAGACCAGGUGGAAAAUUGGUCCUACAAUCUGGUGUUACUCUACGUUUUCCUCCAGCUGUAGGAAUGAUGGUAGCUGGUCAAUUGGAUGCACGUGGAAAACGGCCAAGUGAUAUUCGUUUUACUUUGAAGGAAGACAUUUCUAUGGAAUCACAAAACUCUAGUAUCUUGGAAGAGACACCUCAAUCUUCUCCAAUCGAUUCUAUACCAGUUAGAUUGUUAGGAGGUAAAACGAAUUUAGAAGGAAGAUUACAGGUGAGGAUAGGCGAAAAAUGGGGCACCGUUUGUAAUUAUGGAUGGACAAUUCUCGACGCAUCCAUUGUUUGUCAUCAACUAGGCCUUACGCUUGAUCCAGAUAAUUGGUUCAUAGAACGCUCGCAAAUUCCCAACGCAGGGAUCAACGAGGACAUUCUUCUUACGAACGUACGUUGUACCGAGGGCGACAAUGAUAUUUCCAAAUGUAGAGCAGAGACGGUAAACGAUUUUGAGAAUUCCUGUACACACGAGAAUGACGUAGGUGUGAGAUGUUCCGAACCAGCAUGGGCUGGUUUAAGAUUAGGUCCUUUGGCUCAGAGAAGCGAUUUGCAAUAUGUAACUAUUGAAAAGGCAGGACUGUUGGAUUACACUACAAACUUGUUCAAAUCAGCCUUACAAAUUGAUUUUGCGAGACAUUCGUUGGAAGGUGUGAAAAUUAUUAACAAUCUCCAAGAUGGCUUGGGUAUUUUGUAUUCCGACAUAUAUUCGGCUGAUGCAGUAAAUACAAUUAGAAACAGUGAAUUUUCUCAGAACGGUGGAAGCGGUAUAAGUUUUAAGCAACUUGGCAUGCGCGUGAUCAAUUCUAGAAUAGAAAAUAAUAAAGUAGCAGGUAUUAGACACAAUCCUGCUUUAUCUGCCGUUCAACAAAGAGAGUUGGCUGGAUGGUUUGCCCGUUUAUCGGAAUAUUCAACAGAAUCCUCAUACGAUCCAAUAAUUAUACCACAAGCUAACGCGAAAAUUAAUCUUGAUAAUUGGCAGACCAAAUAUAUCAUUACCGACAGAGUGAAAGGCGAGUCGUUGCAUCAGUUUAUCGAGAUCACGUGCACUCCUGGUUAUGUCAUUGGUAUACAAUUAUUAAAUCCAAUAGAAAAUCGUAGUACAGAAGAAAUUAUAAUACACGAUUCGCAGGAUAUUUAUCAGAAAAGAAAUAUUUGGCAUAUGAAACGUAAUCUAACGAUUUUCCCAGUCGCCUCUAGUUCAUUUUCUGUCAUAUUGGAAUACGAGAGCGGUGAAAGUGCUCUUGGAGGUGCCGUUAUAGUAAUUUCAUCAUUAUUAGCACCGGUUCAAAACACGAAAAAUAAAAUAAUCGGUGGCCCUAUACCAUCGUUGAUCGUAUCUAAGACAAAAAUCAAGGGUAACAAGAAAGGUGUAUUAGCUUCUUAUUACAAUCGUUAUAUAGACGAAGUUGGUGAUCAUUUUCUACGAAAAGCCAACGAGACGAUACAAUUCAUCGGUUGUGAAAUUUCACACAAUCAAGAAGAAGCGAUUUAUAUUCAUUCUCCUCAUUGGAACAUUUAUGAGAUUGAUUUAUCCGAAAUAGCUAUUCAUUUGAACGAUACCUUGAUCACGGAUAACGGAAAAGGAAUAUCACAGUUCAGUCGUGACGCAAGACACUCGAAUAAUCUCUUUCAUUGGAUAAUGCAAGAUAGUACAAUCGAAAGAAAUCGUGCUGGAGGUUUUGAAGUCACUUUGCCUGAUGUCUGGCAAUAUAAUGAAAAUUUCACUCAUAGUCUUUACUUCGAUAACAAUACUUGGCGUGACAAUGAUCAAUUUAGCUUUGUGAUCGAUGGACACUUUGCCACGUUGAACGUAUCACACAAUCGUUGGGAUGGAAAUCGUUGUAAGAACGGCCUUAUAUCGAUUCGUGGUAUGGAGAAAAAAAUAAAGAUGAAUAACAAUAGAAUAGAAGGUAACAACGGUGCCUACAUGGUAGAGUUCAAGGCCAACAGUCAAUCAGAAAUUUUGGGUGACGUUACCGCACGUUUUUACUUCAAUGAGAUAAAAAAAAAUCGACACGAUAAUUAUGCACUGGGAUCACGUAGAUCUUACGAUGGUCCUAGUUACGUUGUUGGCUUUCAUGGUAUACAAAAGGUUCGAGUCAAUAGAAAUCUUUUUGGGGAUAAUUCUAUGGAUUAUGAACUUCUUGCUGGUAUAAGAACUGCAAAGAUUAAUAAUGAAGUCGAUGUCUCCGAAAAUUGGUGGGGUACUUCCGAUGAUGCCGUUAUUAGACGUAGGAUCUUCGAUUUCGACGAUUGGAACAAUCACGCUGUGGCCAAUUAUCGGCCUUAUUUAAUGAGCGAUUCCUUAGACGCAUCGAUUUCAGCAUCAUGGCAAAUCGGAGUGGAAGUUAAUUUAGAUAACUUGGGUGGUCGAAUAAUCGAAAGUUUAACAUUGUAUUCGAGAAAGGAACCAUACGUGAUUAAAUCCGAUUUAACCAUAAUGCCACAAGCUACGUUACAUAUUCAUCCAGACGUGAUCAUGGAAUUUUCACCUAACGUUGGUAUUUUGGUACUUGGUACAUUGAAAGCUGUCGGUAUGCCUGGCCAUGAAAUCAUUAUGAGACCCAUCAAACGUAAUGCUACAGUUCCGUUAUCAGUUAUUCCGAUAUCAGCACCUGUUAGAAUUCCUAACAAAAUUGUUCCAAUGUCCGACGAUAUGAUUCGUUUGUGUAAAGAUACUCGUUGUGCUUCUUCUGAUAACGAAGGAUUCCUAGAAGUUUUUAAUAGAACGACAUUACAAUGGAUUCCAAUUUGUGACGAACGUUUCACUGAACGUAACGCACAAGUAGCUUGUCGACAACUCGGUUAUGAUUCUUUAAACGUAUAUGUAUCCUAUGAUCGUAGAUAUGAAUUACAUCCUGGUUCAUUGACACGUGUUUGGUCUUGGCCAGAACCAUUACAAUGCUCUGGAAAUGAAGAAAAUCUCGAAGAAUGUCAAAUUCGAUUGAACGGUCAAUUUUUUGGACAUCGACACGAAUGCAAUUGGGAUGGACAAUUCGUUUUUCUUCACUGUGGUAAAAGAAACAUUGACGAUGAUUAUGAUUAUUGGGCUGGAAUACGAAUAGCUAAUAGCGAAUUUGAACAUCAUCUAUAUGAGCAUCGCAUUCAUGAUGUUGUAACUCAUGAAACAAUUAGAAGAGUUGAAUCUGUAUUGAAGUAUAUCAAUAUCACCGGAGCUGGUAUUUUGCAUAAUGAAAAAUCUGCUGCUUUGCAAUCGAUCAUGAAAUCGCCUACGAUCAUGCACGUUAAUAUAGAUCGUAGCGCUUAUCAUGGUAUAAAUGUUAUAUCACCGACUCAUACAGUCGAUUUGUUGUUUAAUACUAUUAAAAAUGUUCUUGGAAAUGGGAUCAAUGUACUUUCUUUAACGGGCGAGGGUCGUGAAGCCGAUGAAAGUUCAUUCACACCAAUCAAGGAUCUAAAUGUUCCUUAUCAUUUGUUCAGUAUGAUUGAUAUUUGUGAUACCGCAAAAGAAAUAACUAUCGAGGAACGUGUUAUUAUAUAUUACAGAUACGAUAAUCAUCCAGUGAAUUGCGUUAAAAUUUUCCGUAGUCCUUAUAGAGCUAAACCAUUUGGUUUCAGACUUCUACAAUUUAAUCUUUUCAAUUCUACCGGGAAACCAGGUCGAGCGGAUGGUAUCACUUUGUAUGACGGAGACAUUUACAACGUUACUGCUAAAGUAAUAGGUCAUCUUGAAGUUGAUAGUCCAUACGAAAAGAAAUUGUUUAAAACUCGUGAACCAAGUCUCAGCGUAAGACUAUUCGCAAAUGGUGCAAGUAAUAUACAUGGUUUUAUUGCAGAGAUUGUAACUCUUCCAAUUUCUGCUAUUGGCUUCAAUCGAGAUGUACAACAUAAUAUAUCAUAUUCGGUUAUUUCAAAUUGUCGAGAAGGUGCUGUUAAAUAUGCAAGUGCUGGUGAAGUCAACGCAAUAAUGACGCUCGAACGUAAUCAGUUUACAAAUAAUUGUGAAAAACUUUAUGGUAACUUCUCAACUUGUAAAUCAGCGAUAUGGUUGGACGUACAAAAUACACAAUCAUUAUAUUUUAGAAAUAAUUUGGUGCGUCAAAAUCAAGGUGGACUCUCCAUCCGAGCUGACUCAAGAGGAUCUGCUACCUCUUUGAAAGGCUGGAUUCAUAAUAAUCUCUUUGCAGAGAAUUUUAAUAAACCUGCUCUAUACGUUGAAGGACGUCACAGUAGUCCUUAUCAAGAAGUAACGAUAUACAGAAAUUACUUCACGAAAAAUAAUGCUCCCUAUUAUAACAAUAUCGUCUUGAAACAAGUGGUCAGUAAUAUGAGCUUAAAUUAUCUUCAUGCUAAUCUUGGCUUACAUCUUCUUGAAAUUUCGGGAUUCGAACGUGUACGUUUGCCGAUAUAUCAAAGCACUUCUCAUAAUGGAUUCUAUAAAAACUAUGCUGUUGAUCGAGAAGGACGUAGUACUAUUAUUGCUGGUACUCCAGGACAAAGAUAUGUUGAUAAUGUUUUUUUCAAUCCUGAUAACGAUUAUGAAAUACUUACUAUAAAUAGAUCACAAGAAUUAGAAAUGUGGAGAUCUCAUGUAGACGCCCGUUACAAUUGGUGGAGUUACAACAAAACGUUGGCUGUAGCUGGAAGAAUUCGAGAUCGUGGUGAUUCUCCGACAUUGUUACAAGUUGAUUAUCAACCUUUUCAUAUGAACAAUAAGUCCGUAUUAACUGGCAAAUGUCCACCUGCUUGGGAUCUAGUUGGUGAUACUUGUUAUAUUUAUAUCGGUGCACCUAUGGACUUUUACAGUGCACGUGAUUUUUGUCGAGGGGCAAAUGCAUCGAUGCCUUUCAUUAUGGGUGAUUAUUUAGAACUUUGGAGAUUUUUAAAGAAACAACAAGAAUGUUUUGAUUAUUCUGAACGUGUUUGGGUUCAACAACUCGAACGUGUUGAUCAAUGUACUAUUUUUACCUAUCAAACUAUUGAGGUUGAUUAUUGUAAUCAACCUAAUCCUUUCCUCUGUGAAAUUGAUCCUAAAGUUUACAUCGAUCCACUCUCAUGGAGAAAGGAUAUCGUUGCUGUAGGAGUUUUAGGAGCUUUAGGUGUGGCAUUGGCUUUGUUAACAGCUGCUAUCGUAUUAUGGGUGUCUAAAUCGAAAAAACGAAAACUCGAGCGAUUAGAAAGACGAAAUUCUAUUCGUCAAUCUUUACAUUCUUUACGAUCAGUUGGUUCAACGUCUGGAUUCACAGAAUUGGCUUAUCGGCGAAAACCUAUUGCAACAAAACAAUCAACAGAUACACUGAACUCCAAAUCAUUGGAUUAUAAAAGAAUGCUCAACGGUGGUAGUAUAGAUUCUAUGGACAAAUCUCAAUUGAAUUCUUCCAUGGAGGAUAAUCAAAGUUACGACGUAUACGAGGCACAUAAUCCACGAUAUUCUCCAAGUACAAGUGAUUUUAAAAAUACCGUACAAACAUAUUCUACCGCACAAAGUACAGAAAAUCCAGUAUUCGAUUUGACCUAUCGUAACGAGGGCUUUCGGAAUCAUUCAACAUUCACUUCAAGAAACAAUAGUGACUGGCCAUUGGAUAAUAGUACAACUGAUGCUGCACCUGAAAGUAGUCAGACUGCUGAUAAUGUUAACGAAAGUUCCUAUCUCAAUAAUGCCUCUACGUUGCCUUUACAUUCGAGUCUAGGCUUGACAGAUUCCAUGAGUGAAUUAAAGCGUGAUAUCGAACAUACACCUGGCUACGGACAAGUGGAUUAUGAUAAAAUUCGUAAUUACGAUACAGCAACAUUAACACCAAGUCAAGCAUCCGAACCUGUUCCCGAAUAUCCAUCUGACUUCAGUCCUCCUCUUCCACCUCAUCCUUAUCAUUAUGAUCAAGAAAGUCGGCCAAGAAGCGAAGCUCUUCUCGAAACAAAUUUAGAUAUCGGCGAGGAGAAACCUCUUCGUUCUAAAAGCGAAGUUUUAUUAGAAACAAAUCUCGAUUCAUUUUUAGUAAAUGAACCAACCGAGCUAACACAACUCUCAGCUGGUGCACGAAGCAAGAGUCAACCAUUGGAAACAGCUAUGUAAAAAAAAAAAAAAAAAAACCCCUAAUCGAAUCAUCUAUUCGCGAGAAUUUACGCGAGAAUAUGAGACUGUACGAAUUUUGUUACCUCGUUUAACUUACGAAUAACAUUAUCAUUAAAGCUUUCACAUCGAACGAAAGCGUUUUAUCAAACGUUGGUACUUGAGUAAAAAAAAAAACAAAAAAACAAAAAAAAAAACAAAAAAAAAAAUAGAAAGAGAAAUAAGAAAUCUUUUCGUGUGAUCUUCCUCGAGUGAAAAUGCGGUGCAAUAUAACAGUUGCAUUUUAUAGAUAAUAAUAAUAAUAAUAAUAAUAAUAAUAUUAAUAAUAGUAAUAAUAUAAUUAUACAGAGAUCUCAAUACUCGAACGUCGUGUUGUACCAUUGAUCCUGAUGAAUCAGGAUCUACGAACGAUCGGAUUUAUAUCGCACUAAUACAUAUAUUUGUGUAUUGUGCAUUAUUACUUUCGCACAGUAAUUCAUUUUACUCCAAAGAAGACUUUUUACAUUGUUAGCUGAACUUGAACACUUAUUCUCUCUUUAUGAAUUUAUUAUAUCAAGCAUAAUUGUUGUUCUAUAAUAUAACCGAGUAAGUUGAACAAUGUUAAUGAUAAUACAAGCGUUUUGUUUUAUAAUAAUCAUCGAAUACACAUAAUUAAUUUUGUGACGUUAUUAAUUAUUUGAAAUUAUGUUUGAUUAUUUUUAUUUACGUUUUAACCGAACAACGUCAAGAGACUAGAUUACAAUUUGUAUGUGACAACAAAUACGUGACAUUUUUUUUAAAUCAAACGAUCGAUUUAUAUAUUGACACCGUAUAUUAACGUUUAUCAAAAGAAAAAAGAAAAAGAAGAAAUUUAUGUAAACCUACGAUGAUUUUAGUACUGCCAAUCGUGCUCAAAAGAGUUCUACCUUUUCGAUGGGUGAGAAACUCGCCUAAGUAGUCCAAAUUGUGAUACAUAAACUCGAGCGAGUCUAAAGUAGUAUACACUCUAGGUUUAAUCAUUAAUUGUUAAUUCAUUCUUCGUUAUAUACAUAAGCCAAGAAAAUGAUUCAUUGAACGAGUCUAUUAUUAAGAAGGACUAUAUCCAUUCUUUAUAAAACUAUGACUAUUUUUAAUGAACAAAACUGUUAGGAUAAACUCAAUUGAAAAUAAUCAAAAUUUUAUCGUUAUAAUAAAUAAAUUUGAAAGUUUUAUUUUUUAAUUUUAUAUAUUUUAUAUAAUUUUUAUAUAUAUAUAUAUAUGUAUUAUGUAGAUACGUGUAUGUGUUUAUUUAAACUUACCCGAAUAAUUUAUUCGAUGUGGUCCUUCUUAAACGAAAUGAUAAUCUCGUAAAAAAAAAAAAGACAUCGUAAAUAUUAUAA